AUGGAACAGGGAAAGUUCAGGUGCGACCAGAGGUUCUCGCCUUAUCCACAACCAGUGGCAUUGGUGCAGAAACCACCGGAAGACUCUUCAUCCCCGGCACCAUUGGCUCUACCGCAUUCUCCUUCGACCACGACCCUCUACUCGGCACCCCCGAGCGUCGCCCUAACGCCACAGCCACCCCUUCUUCAGAUACUAAUGUCCGCGGAGCAGUGUCAGGAACUCGUGUGGAAUGCACCACUACAAUCGGAAACAGAAUAUUCUCUGGAACAAACAGAGACUAGUCAUACUUCUUCAGGGACUUUACCAACUCCCAACCCCACGCGAGAGCUAUUACAGGAGACAACCGCACGUUUACUAUUCAUGGCUGUCAGAUGGGUUUGUUGUCUACCACUCUUCCAAUCGCUUUCGAAGAACGAUCAGCUACUGCUGCUCGAAGGUUCCUGGACACAGCUUUUUCUCCUUCAUCUAGCACAGUGGUCCAUAUCCUGGAACAUCACUGGCUUAUUGGAGGAUGAACAAGUACGAGCAAGAUUGCCAGACGAAGCUACAACGAAUCAACAAUUAAUUACUAUUCAGGAUACAAUAUGCCGUUUUAGGCAACUCUCGCCAGACAUGAGUGAAUGGGGAUGCAUGAAAGCAGUAGCACUAUUUACUCCAGGUGAUAUGAAAUUUCGUUAA